UAUCUGUUUCCUCACCCGCUGUUCAGCAGCAGUAUUUACUUGUGUGGCAGUCAGACAGAAUAUUUUCAGUUUUCCAUCACAGCUUGGAAAGAAACAGCAGCCUCAGUAGCUUUAACUCAUUUCCUUCCUAUCUUUAACUUUGUCCUUGUCCUGAGGGGUGUUGCUUCCGGAGUAAGUAGCCACAGACUUUAAACUGUCCAUAAAUGUAGCCAGCCAGCAUUAUAAGAUGAUCUACUGCACAAGACCAUGGCCUUCUUGAAGCUGAAAAUGACACUGAUAAUUUUGAUGUCAGUUCUUUUUUUAAUGUCUAUUAAAGCAGGAUUUAGCAUGGAAGCAGACUGGCACUUGUAGGCCUGUUUGUACUGGAAAUGACUGCAUAACUGUUAACCAAGACAGAGUGGACUUUAAAACAGCUGAGGAAGCGUGCCAUGAAAGGAAUGGACAUCUAAUGACACUUCAGCCUGACACAGAUGAGAGUAUCCUUAACAGUGUAAGUCAAGAAUUGUUUGGAAACGUCUGGAUUGGACUGCGUUUACCAGCUGGCGCCUGCAGCAACCUUUCAGCUCCACUCAGAGGCUAUGAGUGGACCUCUGGUAGCACACAGAGGAACUUUAUUCCAUCCAUCAGCACCUGGAAAGACAGCAUUACAGUCUGCUCUCCGCACUGCGUGUCAGCUUCAAACGAUCUAAAGUGGACAGAGAGACAGUGCUCGGACAAAACUGAUGGAUAUCUGUGCAGAACAAAGCACAAAGAUGCCUGCCCGGUUCAAGAAUUAUCAGAUCUGCGUGUUUUUCAGAGCUCUAUAGGCUGUUCAACAUUCCCUUGUGAGCAUGAAUGCAAAGAUGUACAAGGAGGAUAUACAUGCUCUUGUAGGAAAGGAUAUAUCCCAGACAGCAAAGACCCCAGGCAGUGCAAAUUGCACUGUGGAGAACAGAGAUGCCCAGUAAUAUGUGACGGAAACGAUCGUACUACAUGCCAUGCGAUAUGUCCUGAUGGCUUUUUGAGGGUUGAUAAUUUCUGUGUGGACAUUAAUGAAUGUGAGAUGCACCAAUGUGACCAGGACUGUAAGAACACUUUUGGAAGUUUUGUGUGCUCCUGUCAAAAGGGAUUUGUUCUUAAAGACCAAGUCAAGUGCAGGAAAGCAGAUGGCACUGAGGGUUUUGUCAUCACAACUCCUGCCAACAGUAAUACCAUGAAGCCUUCCUCUGCAUCUGCUGGGGGUUUUCUCUGGGUAUGGAUUGUUGUUACUGUGGCUGUGGUAGUGUUGAUAUUUGCUGUAAGGUUUUAUGUUGUUAGGCGUCAGAAGCGCAGAGAACAAAACUCCAUUCAACAGUCUACUGCUACUGCUCCUAUGGUCAACAUUUAGUGUUAACACUGAUUCCACUGGCCCUUUAACAUUUGUAGUUCGGGAGACUUGCAUAUUGUGUACUGUUUUAAGUUUAUCUGAAUGUAGAUAAAGCAUGGUAAAAUGAUUUGUGGGCUGUUGUGAAUGGACUAGGUCUCUCAUUUUCUCAUACCCAUAACUAAAAGCAGCAAUAAAGAGAUAGCAAAAGUCAGUUCAUAGUUUUAUUUGGAUAAGGAGCAUGUAUAUGAAUAUAGGAAAAAUAUAUGUAAGUGUAAUAUAUAGUAAAUAUGUUGAUGUUGUUCCAAGUGGAGCUGGGACUUAACCGUGUGGUAGUUACAAAAUCUUAACUGUUCUCUGUUCAUGCCCUCAGCAUGUGCAUUUGUAGGUAAUGUAUUCAUCUGCAAAGCAACCAUAAAGUAAAACAGAUAAAUGAUCACCACCUGAGUAAAAUGUAGUCAUUCUAAUGUGAAAUGGAGCUGAAUAAAGAAAAAAAAUCAUAAAGUGGA